AUGGCGAGAAAGAGGGUGUACCUUCUUUGGCCGGAACAGACACUCUCAACCGACGAGUUCUUAGCCACCGCCGCAUUUGGCGGCGCAAACCGCGGAGCAUUGCUCACUCCAGCGGGUGCGACACUGGUGGAAGCCGUGGCCGCGACAUCAGAAGUAACGGCAUCGCCUGCUGACGUGACAAUAGCGGAUGGGGUCACGGGAGUCACGGACACUCUUCUGGCAGCUGACGGGUCCCGUUUUCUACAGCUGACUUCCGCUUUUUCCGCGUCGUCUAGUGGCGACGGUGCUUCUGGUAGUAGCAAUGAUAGUACUAACAAUAGCAGUAGCGCGUUUGGCAGCCCAGGCGUGACGCAAGCGCUGUGCAAACUCAAACCCGCCGCAUCGUUGACCAGCAACGAGUCACAGCAGGCGCAGCAGCAGCAGCAGCAGUCCCCGCGCCAGCUGUCGCUCUCGUUCUUUGCGCGGGCCAGCCUGUGCGCGGAGGGGGAAGGGGGCGCGGAAGGGGAGGCAGAGCGGCUGUUGAGGGUGCUGCUGCUGGCAGUUCCGCUGAACGCCUCCGCCGCCGCCACAGCAGGGGGAGAUGCAGCUGCUGGGGGAGGGGCGGGGGAAGGAGGAGCGAGGGAGCAGGUGUGGGCAGAGUGGCGGGUGGGUGUGCCGUGUGGGGGAAGCAGCGCGAGUUUGUCCGGCGCCUUGCCUUGGUUCCACGUGGGACCCCUCCUCUUCCCCCUCCCUGACCUCCCAGAUUCCUCCUCCUCUUCUUCCACCGCCUCCCCUCCUUCCUCGCUGGUAGUGCCCCCAGGGGGAGUGACGCUGCACUUGGUGAUUCGAGGUGUGCAAGACAGUAACAGCACGAGCGGCACUGCCACCGUUACCACCACCAGCGGUAUUGCCACCGCCAAAAGCAGCAUAGCUGCCAGCGGCAGUGAGAGCAGUAGCAUCGGCGCCACCAGCGCCACUAUUGCUGCGAGUACAGAAGGAGGAGCAGGAGAGGGAGCGGGAGUGAAGGCGGCGGCGGUAAAGCGAGUGGACGUGGCGUCGGAAGCGGGAGGAGGAGCAGGAGCGGGGAGCACGGCUAUCGACCUUGCGUCUGUCAUGCCUACCCGCAGUGAGUCAGAGAGGCAGAAAUGGUUGGCAGGGUCACAGGUGUGUCACAGGUAUAGUUGGCUGAAAGCAUGCGCUGCACACAUGCUCAACUCCCACUCAAGUGCAUCAUCGAUUUCUCAUUGCACGUCUACUCACAAUCCCACUUCCCGUUCACCUCCUCCCUCCCUUCCGCCCCACUCCCCAUCCCUGUCACUGCCCUGCAGCCGACCCCUCCCCUCUCAAGUCCUCCUCCCAAUGGCUCUCCAACACCCAAGACUCACUCAUUCCCCCUCCCUUCCCCAUCCCUCCUCUCCCCCCCUGCCGCCCUUCCCCCCCACUCCCCAUCCCUGUCACUGCCCUGCAGCCGACCCCUCCCCACUCAAGUCAUUCUCCCACUGGCCGCUCUCCAGCGCGCACCCGCUCAUCACAGCCGGCUCAGCUCGCCGCAAUUCAUCCUCCCUCUCCCUCACCUCACUCUCCGACUUCAAUUCUGCCUCCCUCGCGCUGCACCCUGCCCCCUUCGCCCUGCUCGCCCCCGCCACGCCCGCCUCCCCCUGCCGCCCCUUCUCCUUCUCCACCUCCUUCACCUUCCGCAUCUCCUCCCCCAAUGCCGCCGGGCUGGGCGGCGAGGGCUUGGCGUUUGUGAUGCUGCCAACGCCUACGCUCGGCCUGCCGGGGCCCUCCCUGGGCUACGGCCGUGUGCUGCUGCCCCCGGGGAGUACAGCUGGUGCUGAUAAUUCCACAGCACAGGACAGGAGCCUCGCGGUGGAGUGCGACACAUCUAAAUCUCUCAAGCACUUCUCCCUCCCCUCCCUCUACCAUCCACAGCAGCACAGGAGCCUGGCAGUGGAGUUUGACACAUCGGCCUCCCUGGAGUUCUGGGACCGCCCCGACCACCACGUGGGGGUGAACCUGCACGGCAGCAUGCUCUCUCUCGCCUCUGCCCCCGUGCACCCCCUCGGCAUUCCCGCCCUCAACGCCGGCCAGACCCUCCUCGCCACCAUCCACUACAACGCCUCCUCCUCCCACCUCACCUGGCUCGGCGGGAACGAUCCGGAUGCAGUUUCGCCCCCCCCGCCGCUGUUGGUGGGAUUCACAGCGGCCACGGGCAAGGGGACGGAGCAGGCUCAGGCACAUGAGAACACAGCGGCCACGGGCAAGGGGGCGGAGCAGGCUCAGGCGCACGAGGCGACUCAAAAGGAACCUACCUUCCUCCCACAGUCCCACGGUCUACACCAUAGCCUAAGGUUGAGAGCAUUUCUUCAUGCCUACCCUAACCCUCUCCUCUCCUCGCCCCGCCCUGCCUGCCCUCACCCACAUUCCAUGCCAAACCCAGCAGCGGAGGAUCCGCUUCCGUUUUGGGCAGCACACUCGUUCUCCUUCCCCUACAUCACGCCAGCCACUCCCCUGCUGACACGUGGCAGCACCAGAAAACGCUUCUUCGCCGCAGAUCUCUCUGUCGCUGCUGACGUGGCAUCAUCCAGUGGCCAAUCGGACGAUCCCGCCCCCGGAGCCAUCUACUUCCCUCGCCACACCGACCCCUGCAAGGGUUCUCCGGUGCUGCCCUGUGGCACGGGUGCAUGCACCAAGGCACGUGCCCCGUGGGACCCGUCUAUCCUCGUGCCCUCCUGCAAGUGCCCCUUGAAGCUCCCCUCCUUCCAACCAUCCCACCUCUCCGGCCUGCCCUCCUGCUUCCCUGGUGAGACGUGGAGUGUGGUAGGCAAGAGGUGGAGUGCGGUAGGCACGAGGUGGGGUGCUGUAGGCAAGAGGUGGAGUGCGGUAGGUGAGAGAUGGAGUGCAGUAGGUGAGAGGUGGAGUGCAGUAGAUGAGAGGUGGAGUGCGGUAGAUUCCUUCACGUGUCGCCAGUUCCCCCGCAACCCGUGUGCCCCGGGGGUGUGCAUUGAUGACGUAGACGGCACCUACUCCUGCCUCUGCCCCUCGCCCUUCUUCCCCUUCUAUUUCUAUCCCAAAGGCGCUGCCCGCUGUUACCAGUUGCGAUUGGCUGAGACUCGAAUGCCCACCUUUCUGUCGCCAUACGGCCUCACAUGCGCGCUCAUCCUCAACACAUACGGGCUCACCCAAGCAGACUUCUUCGCCCAAAACAAGUACGACUCGUCCCCCAACGCCCUCCUUUCUCUUUCCCUGCCACUCACUCACCUCUUUCCCUGCCGCUCACUCACCUCUUUCCCUGCCGCUCACUCACCUCUUUCCCUGCCACUGACUCACCUCUUUCACCUCUCUCCCUGCCACUCACUCACCUCUUUCCCCGCGACUCACUCACCUCUCUCCCUGCCACUCACUCACCUCUUUCCCCGCGACUCACUCACCUCUUUCCCCGCGACUCACUCACCUCUUUCCCCGCGACUCACUCACCUCUUUCCCCGCGACUCACUCACCUCUUUCCCCGCGACUCACUCACCUCUUUCCCCGCGACUCACUCACCUCUUUCCCCGCAACUCACUCACCUCUUUCCCCGCGACUCACUCACCUCUUUCCCCGCGACUCACUCGCCUCUUUGGUGACACGUGUGACUCACUCAACGCCCUCUUCUCCACGCAGAUACAGCCGCUCAACCCCGCCCUCACCUGCUCCGACGGGCCCAGGCCCGGCCAGAUACUCAGAAACGGGAGUGUGUUCACACAUUCCUAUUCCCUCUCUCUUCCCACUCCCCCAUUCUCAUCCAUCUCCUCCUUCUCCUCCCCUCUUCCCCCUUCGCCACGUUUUCUUCACACAUUCAUCUCCCCCCUCUCCCCCAUCUUCCUUCUCUCCCUUUCUCCUCCCUCUCCCCCUUUUGCCUCCCUCUCCCCCUUUCUCCUCCCUCUCCCCCUUUCUCCUCCUUCUCUCCCUUUCUCCCCCCUCUCCCCCCUCUCCCCCUCUCUCCCGUUCUCCUCCCUCCCUCCUUCACAGCUCCUCUGCGUAGCCUUCAACCAGACGUGGCUAGGCGAGGAUAAAACCCGCAUAUCAUGCAAACUCCAAGCCCAAAUCACCCCGGCAGUAUCCACAACAACCCCAUCAACAGCCCUCAACCACCCCCGUGUUCUCCCCCCUCCCUCCUUCCCAGCUCCUCUGCGUCAACUCCAACCAGACGUGGCUAGAGGAGGGAAGAACCCGCAUAUCAUGCAAGCUCCAGGCCCAAAUCACCCCAGCCGCCCGCAGAGCUGCCAGCAGCUGUGGCGGGCAUUUGGCGUCGCCUCUCCCUCGCGCUUCUUCCAGAUGAAUCAGGGCCUAUCGUGCGAUGCACUGCUGCCGUACAGCCCCCUGCAGGGCAAUAUGAUGACAAGGGUGAGUUGGGUUGCCUGUGUGCGGUGGGUGGGGGGGCAAGUGGGGAGACGCGCAGUGUUUGCCAUCGCCUUCCCCACGCGCUUCUUCCAGAUGAAUCCCGGCCUCUCGUGCGACUCGCUGCUGCCGCACAGCCCCCUGCAGGGCAACAUGAUGAGUCGGACCCUGGUUGAAGACAGAGAAGCGAGUAGGUCAAACAUUCGACGGUUAGAGGAUGACCUAGCACGGGAGAGGGCUGCAAGGGAGGAUAAGGAAAUGGAGGUGCAUGCGUUGUCAGCGCGCCUGGCGGAUGCAGAGGAAGCGCUGGCUCAGCGGAAGGAGGAGAUGCGGAAGGUCUGGGAGGCAAUUCCGGAAGCCGUUCGUCAUCUUCCCUCAGAGGAGGACAUGCAGAUCAUCAGUCUCCACCCUGAAACCACCGAAAUCACGCUCAAUGACCCUUCUCACCUGACACUCUUCGGUUUCCUGCAUCUCUCCUGCAUGCGAUCCCUCAAGAGCAUCUCCGUUAUUGGAAAUCUCGAAAAGCCUGCUCUGCUGCACCUCUACUCCAUGACAUGGCUGGAAGAGCUGAGACUGGAAUCGAUGGCUUAG